GGGAAUCACGUGGUUUUACCCGGGCCAAUCAAAUGAGGGAAUCCGGUUUGCGCGUUCUUGCAGAGCGCGUGCGGACAGGACAGAAGCGGUAGCUACGCACUCGUGUUACCGUCACGUCCACGUUACCGGGAGAAUCCUACAUUUCAACAAAAAUGUCGGAAGAGAAGCAAAAGGAGGGCGUGAAAACAGAAAACGACCACAUCAACUUGAAAGUGGCGGGUCAGGAUGGAUCUGUGGUCCAAUUCAAAAUUAAGAGGCACACCCCCUUGAGUAAACUGAUGAAGGCCUACUGCGAACGACAGGGUUUAUCCAUAAGGCAAAUUAGGUUCAGGUUUGAUGGUCAGCCAAUCAAUGAAACGGACACACCAUCGCAGCUGGAAAUGGAAGAUGAAGACACUAUCGACGUAUUCCAGCAGCAGACGGGAGGAGCCUGCUAAAGAUGAAGCACAUGUGGACGAAGCUGGUUUAUUUGUGCUCCUCUUUACUUCCGCUGCAGUUCAGGGCUGAAAUGGAAAAGGUUUUGGAAAUCUAA